AGCGGUUGUGGCGGUUGGCAACGGUGACGGCGAGGGAGCUCGAAGGAUGGAGCCGACUGGUUUUAACUUCCUGGUCGACCGCCUUCGCCGCUGCUACAGCCUCACUCACCUCUAGCGACGCCGCUGCUACAUCUGCUGUAGCUACGGCAAAACCAACGGUAACAACGGCAGCACCUUACAACCAGCACGGAACCACAAACCAUGACAGCAGCAGCAGCAGCGGUGAACGUGGCAACAACGCAUGUAGUAGCAGUAGCAGCAGCGGUAACGGCCAUGGGUACGGCAACGGUGAUACCAACGGUAACCAGGCCCCGCAGCUUGUGGGUCCGUUGGGCUUAGUUGCGUCGGUUGCUGCCGCUGUAGCAUCAACAUCUGCGAGGACAACGGCAGCGGUUACUACAACCGCAAUAACGGACGAUGAAAGAAACGGUGACGACUCGGCGGCGGAGAUCAUGAAUCUGAGAUCCGCGAAUGACGGGGUGGUUGUGCGGCAACUGCCACCGUUGCUUGAACUGGGCAUCCAAGUGAAC